AUGGCGGUAUCACUAGCUUCCCUCCCUUUUUCCCUCUUCUUCAAACGCUCACUCUCCCUCACACCCUUCCGCCCCCUCCCCCGCCUCUCCUGUCGCGUCUCCUCCUUCUCCCUCGAAUUCAACAUCACCUUCGCGCCCAAGCCCAAACCCGACCCGGACUCCCUCCCCGGCCAGGGCCAGCAGCUCUUCAUCCCCUGGAUCGUCCGCGGCGACGAUGGCAAGCUCAAGCUCCAUCUCCUCCACGAGAUGGCCUACGCCGACUCCAAGACCAAGAAGAAGACCACCUCCAAAGACGCCGCCAAGCAGAACAAGCUCACCGCCGAGCCCAAGCAUUCCAAGGCCGCGCGUAGGUUUUACAAUCUGAACUUCCGCGAGUCCCAGCGCCUCAGUAAGGUCCUCGCCGCCGCCGGAGUGGCGUCGCGGCGGAGCAGUGAGCAGCUCAUUUUUGAUGGGAAGGUGACUGUGAAUGGUUCUGUGUGCAAUGCUCCUCAAACUCCUGUUGAUCCAGGGAGGGAUAUUAUUUAUGUCAGUGGGAAUCGGCUGCCGAAGAAGCUGCCUCCCAAGGUUUAUCUUGCACUCAACAAGCCGAAAGGGUACAUUUGCGCUGCCGGGGAGAAGAAAUCUGUAUUGGGUUUGUUUGAUGAUUACUUAAAGAGCUGGGAUAAGAGAAAUCCAGGAACACCCAGACCGCGACUAUUUACUGUUGGCCGUCUUGAUGUUGCCACAACUGGGUUGAUUGUUGUCACCAAUGAUGGAGAUUUUGCUCAAAGUAUAUCACAUCCUUCAGCGAACUUGUCAAAGGAAUACAUUGCCAUAAUAGAAGGUUCUGUAAGUAAGUGAAGCCUGAUUGCCAUCAGUGAAGGAACGGUUGUCGAUGGUGUCCAUUGUACCCCAGAUUCUGUGGAGUUACUACCACAACAGCCGGAAGUGUCAAGAUCCCGUUUGCGUAUUGUGGUUCAUGAGGGGAGGAACCAUGAGGUGCGAGAACUUGUUAAAAAUGCUGGACUUGAGAUACACUCAUUAAAACGUGUACGCAUUGGCGGUUGUAGACUUCCAACAACCCUUGGGCUCAGCACACACAUGGAAUUAAGCAAAGGUGAUCUUUCAGCCUUGGGUUUGAAACCUAAGAAGGUUGCUGCCACUGUUGGAAGGUAGCAUUUAUCUUAGCUCUUCCCUAACUUAAUACAUCUUCAAGGCACUGUCAAAAGUUUCACCAGUCCCUUGUCGCUCGGAGCUGUUCAAUUGGAUCCGGAUCCCCCUAUGUGGGGAAGUAUUUGGAUAUGCUAGUCAAUCUUUGCUAUGGGUUGAAAUUUAUCCCACGCGGGAUGGUUAAAUACAAGUCACAGUUAUGGGAAGUGUUGUGCUGUUGUUAUUUACCUCCCAAGUCUGUAAGUUGCUGGGCUGCAGAGGCAUCAGGCAUCUGUAUCUGCAUAUUGCAAAUGAGUAACAAAAUGCUUAUUUUGCCGAUCAUCUCCCGUUUACUUAGUCGUUUU